GAAUUAUUGCUCUCAGUAUAACACAGUUUUGUUGUCGUCACAAAUGCUCUGCGCGCGGGUCUGAAGGCUUCAUAACGGUGGAGCGUGUGUCGUGGCGUCACCAUGGCCAAUCUUUUUCUAUCUCCCAACUCCUAUUCUCCCACUCUAAUUCAAAACCGUAACCUCUCUUCUAUUAAAAUCAAAAUCAAUCGACGCCACUAUCCUUUCCGAACCCUACAACAUCAUUACAUCCGCUUGGUUUGUGCAUUAAAGGAAGAUUCCAACCCUGAAACUGUCCAAGAUGGCGAGGUGAAAAAUUUAGGAGUCAAAGUUGCGCUGUCCAUGUUGAGAUUCUAUAAGAGGGAAAUUUCACCAAUUUUGCCUAAGAGCUGUCGCUAUGUUCCUACAUGCAGUGAAUAUUCCAUGGAGGCUUAUAAGCGAUAUGGAGUAGUGAAGGGUACAGUUUUGACUGCGUGGCGUCUCUGUCGAUGCAAUCCCCUUGGUGGGCAUGGUUAUGAUCCACCUAGAUGGUUUGGUGAGCCUCGUCUACCGGAAGAUGUUGACGACUGAUUGACAUGAAUGGCUGAUUUUAAGAGUGGAAGUGAAGCUUUGAUUGGGUGUAAUUAUCUCAAAUGGUGCAUUGAAGAUGGUGAUGACAAAAUGGAUGCUACUAUUAUGAGGCAAAGAAGGAAUAUAUAUAAUCUAGAGAAAGAAGUUAAGGUAUGGAGAAAGUGGGUGAAGUUGUUAAUAUGGUUGGUUUGUUUGUUAGGUGUAGUUAACAUGGUUGUAGUCUCUUUGUUGAUGAAAAUUCCAUGAUUAGGUGUAUUGAGUAUGGUAUGUAGAUUAGGUGUUCAUGGUUGUAGGAUUUCACUUUAUGUGAAGGGAAGGUUGAGUUGUAUUAUGUAAUGUUAUGAAAUGAAUGAAAAUUUUUAGUUAUUGAAAAGUUUGAGUUAUUGACAUUUGCCAAA